AUGCGAAGAAAUCCCGCGUUUCCAGGAGAAAUAGUGCCAAACAACCAAUUCCCGUUUUUUUCCUUUGCAAAGCGGUGGAGUGAUAUCUAUGACGAAGCUUCGACUCCUGAUGAAGACCUUUCAUAUGUGGAGGAAUUACGACUUUUGCCAUUGGAACCUAAGCGCGAAAGUGUUGAGCUUUUCUUGCGUCCAUAUGAAGACGACUUCGUCUCGCCAACCCUAGAAACCAUUAUCCGUCUGUACGGGAGUGUCAGGAAGGCCGACCUUGACGAGCAGACUAAGGAAACCAUUUGGCUGGAUGAUCGAACGUAUAGCGCUUACCAUCCAAACUCAUCUCAACCACCUCCUACCCGAAUACUUUACAACGAUGGAUCAGGUUCUCCACCGAAUCCUCUCAUUUCAGACGAUCAAACUCAAGGCAGGACUCACAACAAUCCUGCUACGACCACCCCUCAGAUUACCAUAGGAGACAAGCAUGCAGAAAGCGCUUCAACCCGGUAUUCUCCUAGUUCGAGACGCCCUAAUGUUCCAGUGAAAGCAAGGGCGUUGUACAAUCUACUCCGGAAAGAGCGAUUCAAACUCAAGAAUCUGCCAGAUUCAGACCGGCGCCUUAUAUUUAUACUAAAUCCGGAUGGUUACGACUUUGUUGCGCUUACAGAGACAGCGCCAUACCAUCAACACAGAGCCCUCAAGGACAUCAUAGCUAAAUAUCACGCUUUCUGUCCUUCGAUGGGAGUCAGUCUUUCCACCAAGGGUAAGCCUUCCUACCAACUUGACUUUCACUUGCCCUUUUUCGCGAUGCGAACGGAUACAAUCCAUGCAAACUACAGAAGCUUUAAACCGCACCGAGAGUGGGUUGAUUUGUCGUUCAUUGCCCGAGUUUUACCUGAAACAACCAAAGUCGGCGAGCUGGGCCUUUACCCUGCACAAAUUUCUUUUACAAUAUGUGGUACCAGUGUCAAACACUAUGUCGCUUAUGGUUUUGAGGACAAUGAAUUCGAUCCUGACCGGGAGUUUGGCGACGACGAGUUUUCACUCGAUGGCUUCCACGCCGAUCAGAUGACCAUGGGAAAAGAAGACGCAAACCAUCCAAUCUGGGAUCCACGAGAGUACUUCCUGUUAGUCUUGAAGCAUCGGGUGAGGCAGAUACGCAAGGAGUGGGAAAGAGUGGUGUGGAACUUGUACGAAGCUUCGGACGUUCGAAUUUCUCACUCUCUAAGAUGGCAUCAUCGUAUGCUUGACGUCCUCCGUAUCCUGUUGCCGAUUCUCGAUAACACCAUGGAUACUUGGGAGAGAUUUCUCGCGGCCAAUGGAGACCAUAGCUAUCUCCGUGACUCCACUGCGAAAUCUGAUGCAUCAAAAUUUGGAAAGAUGCUCCACAGCAUUAACAAAGAGUUUGAGGAACUGCAAAAGCUCUAUAGAGUCUUGUCACGCCUUCAGGAUCAAUGCGAAAAGGAGGAAGCCUCUACCGGGGCUCGAAUGAUGCAGCAGAACAACUAUAUCGCAGUCCUGAUGCUUCAAUUCAUUGGCCCGCUCAGUCUUGUUACAUCUUUCUUCUCGAUGGAGGAACCUGUUGUGGAGUUCAAGCGUAACCUGGUUUCCUUCAUCUGGUUUUACUUGGUCUUGAUACUGUUGAUUUAUGCUUCGCACCUUAAGCGCAUGUCCAUUAGUGUCAUCUUGAGGCCUUCGUCAACAAAGAACAUAGCCAGCGAUCAACUGAGAAUGGAUGCGCUCGAGCAGUCUCUUGGUUCCUUGGAUCUCAGUGUCCCGAUUCCCGAUGUCAAGAACGCGGAAGUGCUUGCCAACCCGCUCGAUGUGUACCGUACCUACCUGGCCCAGGUACUAGCAGAUGCUGUAGGUUGUGACAUCGAUGUAGCCUACAAAUCCAUCCAAUGGCCGAACAACAUAUUCAAUGGAGAUCUGGCAGUCAUACUUCCGAAGCUUCGGCCUGGUGCUAAAGCUGAUGAAGUGGCUGUUGAGCUCAUGAACAAGUUUCCAAGUGAUCAUUCACUCUUCCUCCUUCCGUUCCUAGAAGGAGUUCACUUUCGUGUUUUCGUCAAGCCAGAUUCGCUGUCCCGUUUUCUCUUGCCGUACAUCUCGAGUCGAAGACAUGGAUACGGAUCGAUCCCAUCUUCUGCUAGCACGGAAGGCGUACACAAGAAACUCGUGGUCGAGCUCUCAUCUCCGAAUAUCACCAGCGAGUUUCAGGGGAAGCAUCUACGAAGCACCAUUGUUGGCGCAUUUGUCGGCCGGCUGCACGAGCUGAUGGGAUGGGACGUGACGCGCGUCAACUAUCUCGGAGACUGGGGUAAGCCGAUCGCUUUACUGUACGUUGGGUGGUCAAAGUACGGCUCAGAAGAGGCAUACGAGGCAGAUCCUAUCGGUCACCUUCUGGAGGUCUACCAUAAGAUAGAAGAGGACUUUAAGCCAGAACAGGCUGCGAGUAAGCAAGCGCGCGACGAAGUAGCGAAGGAAGGUGAAGACAAGGGAGAGGCACAGGUCGAGAUCGAAAGCAAGGGCAUCUUUGCGGAACGCAACGAAGCAUUCAAGAAGCUUGAGGAGGGCGACGAAGAACUCGUGGCGUUUUGGAAGCGAGUGAGAGACGUCAACAUCGACAAUUACACCAAGUUCUACGAGAGACUAGGCGUGCGCUUCGAUGAGUACUCGGGCGAGUCGCAGAUCAGUUCCGAUACCAUGGUCGAGGUCGAACAGAUGUUGAAAGAGAAGGGAAUAUCAGAGGAGAGUGGAGGUUCUCAGAUUAUCCACAUGCAGAACCUAGGUGCGAAGUCUGGUACAGCCAUCAUCCGCGAUCGCUCCGGUAGCAGCACCUAUCUCCUCCGAGACCUCGCUGCCGUCCUCGAACGGUCGAGAAAAUAUUCGUUCGACAAGAUGAUAUACGUGGUGGCCAGUGACAACAGUGUGCAUUUCACGCAGCUCAUCAAGGUUUUGGAAGCACUUGAUAUGAAAGAGCUCGCCAGCAAGCUACACCACGUCAAGUUCAGUGAGGUAUCGAAGAUGGCUGCGACGCUUGGGAGAGGGUAUAAGCCACAGGGCAUACUGGAUGCAUGUGAGGAGGCGAUGACAGCUUUCUCGGAAGCUGAUGCUGAGAAGCUUGAAAUGAUUGGCGGUCCCGACGAUACCAAAGAAGGGUUGGCGACAUCUGCACUGCUUGUGCAAGAGCUCUCGACCCGUCUAACCACCACACACGCCUUCGACACGAGCACAAUGGCUUCCUUCAAGCUCGGAACAGGACCGGACUUGCAGUACUGGCUGGCCAAACUCCGUCUGCUACUGAAAGGUGUCGAAUCUGCAGCUGGACUGUCAGAAGAAGACUAUGAGGCAUUGGCUGAAGAAGACCCAGCCAAUCUCUUGCGCGUUUUGGCUCAGUAUCCCGAGGUUGUCAAUGCAACAUAUCACUCUCUCGAGUCGGCUGGUGUCGUUACGUAUCUCUCUAGUGUGACUGACCAACUUGCCGAGUGCUUCGCGGAAAAUGAAGAUGAAGAUGCUGAGGGUGACAAAGAUGCCAAGGUGACUCCUGGGUUUGCUGCAUUGUAUGAAGCGACUGCAGUCGUCUUGGAGAAUGGCAUGAAGCUGCUGGGACUGGCUCCGAUUGCGCAGUCGCUACCUGAGAGGGCGGAUACACCUGUGAUGGGUUGA